AUGAAGUCUGCCGCGGCUCUAUCCAUAUCCACGUACGGAUACAUUCCUUCAGAUAAGAAGGAACAUUGCACUAGAGGAACACCCUUAGCAGCAUUGGAGGAAAAAGAAAGAGUUCCGACCAAUCUUUUGCCUUAUUUCGAAAUCUCGUAUCGUAAGAGAAUCAAAAGAAUGUUAUGCCCAAAAAGUCCCAUCUUUCUCCCACGUCUUUCUUCUUGGAAAAACCAACCUUUGCCUAAAAGUCUUCCUUCAUUGGGAGAGCAACUAACACAGCCUCUAAGAGCUGAUUCAAUAGCUAUAGCUGCGGAUUCUGUAACAGCUGCAGAUUCGUCGAGAACAUCUGCCCGUGGGUAUCUUUCCUCCCUAUGGUCGCCUUGCUUAUCUCGUAUAUUGACUAGAGGCAUAUUCGAUUGCGGUUCCUUCUUGCGGGCAUAUUAG